CGCCUUUCAUGGCCGAAAAAGUAAAGUUGAGUGUUAAAAUGCGUGGCACAUCACAUUCCCCGCUGUUUCAACUUGAAAACCCAAGAGACACAUGAUGUCUUCUUCUCCGAAUCCGGCGAAGAAACCGAAACUUGAGAUCAUCACAACAAACCCUAAUUGGCUUGAACUUCCCAAAGACUUAACAUCAAACAUUCUCAAAAGGCUCGGUGCUGUUGAAAUUCUUACAAAUGCACGCAAUGUGUGUCCGUAUUGGUGGAACAUUUGCAAAGAUCCUUUCAUGUGGCGUGAAAUUCAAAUGGGAACUUUUCAUCUUUACUUUCAAUAUGCUAAUGCUGAUGCUCCUGAUCUUGAUUAUUUGGUCAAGCUUUGUCAAUAUGCUGUUGAUCUAAGUUCUGGUCAUUUAGAAAAAAUUGAUAUUUAUAGAUUUGGUUCUGAUCAUCUUCUCCAAUACAUUGCUGAUAGGGCAAGUAACUUAAGGCAUAUACAACUUGCUUCAUGCAUGAGAGUUUCAGAUGAAGGAUGGUGUGAAGCUGCAAAGAAAUUUCCCCUGUUAGAGGAGAUUGACAUUUCACACGGCUUCCAAACUAAGAUAUCUCUUGAAGUUAUUGGCCAAAAUUGUCCUUUGUUGAAAUCACUAGUAUAUAAUGGGAUGUCCUAUGGAGGCCGCAGCAAGUGCGAUGAGGCAUUUAUUAUUGCAAAGACAAUGCCUGGGCUACGCCAUCUUGAUAUUCACAAAAACCCUCUCACUGAUGAUGGGUUGCUUGCUAUUCUUGAUGGAUGCCCUCUUCUUGAAUCUCUUAACAUUGCAGGAUGUUAUAAUCUGGAUUUCGAUGGAAGCUUGUGGGAGAGAUUGCAUAAUCAUAUCAAAGAUUUGCAUCUUAGGGAGUACUAUCCAGGCCCUUAUUAUCAUAGUUUUGAACCGGUGUGUGUAUAUGCAGAUUCAAGUGGUAUUUCUUAUUAUGAAAUUGUUGAGAAGUUUGUUGAUCCCGAGUUCAAGGACGAGGAUUCUGAUGCUUAAUUUGGACCGGAGUGUUUAAGUGACGAAAUGAGGAAGCGAAGUCUUAAAAGUAAUGAGCAAGUUAUUAUUUUCUUUUUGGCAUGUCUUCCAUUUUCAAGUGGAAAUUUCAAAUGCUAUUAUCCUUGAAGAAACUUGGAUGUUAAUGUUGUUUUAAAGGAUUUUUGUGGAAGACAUUGCCAGCUUGUACGCAGGCAUAUAUGGCUUGCAUUUUUUUGAUCAAUGGUUUAUUGACAUGCUUUAUUAAUAUUGAAGUUUCCUUUUCUUUUUCAUUUA